CUCACACGAAAGCGUGAGUCUCAAACACUUAAAGAGAACAAAUACACGAUUGUUGUUGUUGUUGUUGUUGUUGUUUGCCAUCGGAUAGAGGAUAAAACAUGGGGAUCCUGGACAAGAUUUCCGAAAUCGAGAAGGAGAUUGCUCGAACUCAGAAAAAUAAAGCAACUGAGUAUCAUCUUGGCCUUUUGAAAGCAAAACUUGCCAGAUAUCGCCAACAGUUACUGGAACCACAGGGAAAAAGUGGACCCAAGCAUAAAGGUGCCAAUAUUCAACUCCUUGAUCUGCCUGGUAUCAUAGAAGGAGCAUCUCAAGGUAAGGGUAGAGGUCGUCAAGUCAUUGCUGUAGCUCGAACCGCUGAUUUGGUUGUUAUGAUGUUAGAUGCAGGAAAGGGAGAUGUACAAAAAGUUUUGUUAGAAAAAGAACUUGAAUCGGUUGGCCUGAGACUGAAUAAGGACAGACCCAAUAUUUACUUUAAGCAAAAAAAAGGAGGUGGCGUUUCCUUCAACUCAACGCUUACCCUAACAAAAUGUAGUGAAAAGAUGGUUCAACUAAUUCUUCAUGAAUACAAAAUAUUUAACGCUGAGGUUUUAUUUCGUGAAGACUGCACAGCAGAAGAAUUCAUUGAUGUUGUCGUUGGCAAAAGAGUUUAUUUACCAUGUAUAUAUGUUUACAACAAAGUGGAUCAGAUUUCCAUAGAAGAAGUUGACAGAAUAGCACAUCAACCACACUGCAUUGUUACUAGCUGUGAGAUGAAACUCAAUCUAGAUUAUUUUAUUGAUGUCGUGUGGGAAUAUUUGGCACUUAUACGAGUAUAUACGAAGAAACGCUCAGAAUUUCCUGACCUGGAAGGUGGUUUAAUUCUAAGAAAAGGUUGUACAGUGGAGCAUGUGUGCCAUGCAAUACACAGGACUAUGGUGAAUACAUUUAAAUAUGCAUUAGUGUAUGGAACCAGUGUUAAAUACAGUCCACAGAGAGUUGGUUUACAUCACAUCAUGCAUGAUGAAGACGUUAUUCAGAUUAUCAACAAAUAAGAUAUUACUUUGUAUUCUCUCUUUUCUCUCAGUGACCCAACUAUCAAUAUCAAAUGAAAAUUUUCAAUCCACAAAGAAGUUGUGAUUAAAUCUAUUUAUAAAU